AGUAAGGUAGUGGACUUUUUUCAUGCGCAUGAGUGCACAAACGGACACUGGAUGGGAUAAAGUAGUACGGCUUUAUUUUCUACGGUUGUUAAACACGCUAGUGUAAAAUGUUCGCAAAUCUUCAAAUAAAUCGUGGAUUAUUUCAAAAACGGAAUAUCUUUGCUAUAUUGGUAUUGAUUCUAAUUCUAGGUACCUAUACGAUGAUGCAUUUUAAGCAAACGACGCAAACGCCACUUAAGGAUCUUUGUACAAGAACAAGUCCUCAAGCUGUGUAUACCAUAUGUACGUGGGAGUUAAAGAAAGACAAUGUCAUUUCCGGGAUAAUACACAGAACAGGACAAUGGGAGCCGCUCAUGACACAAACACUUUACAAUGUUCUAAAACAAGAUAGAAAUAUAACAUUUAUUGAUAUCGGUGCUAACAUUGGUUAUUAUAGUUUACUUGCUGCCUCAGUAGGGAAAGCUGUGGUAUCAGUGGAGCCUUGGGACCAGAAUAUAGAAAAGUUACGGAAUUCCAUUCGAAAGAACAAAUUUGAAGACAAGAUUACUAUUUUGAAUAACGCUGUUUCAAAUGAUCGGCGAGUGAUACAUAUUAAUAGACCAUAUAAAGAUAACCCAGGUGCUACAAGGUUGUUGUCUGAUGCGACAGUGACAGGUCCCAACGUUUUCUCAGCUGCAACAAUUACCGUAAACGAUUUAGCGAACUACAUUCAUACUAAAGACAUCGUCAUUAAAAUAGACAUAGAAGGAAACGAAUGCAGAGCACUAGAGACGUCGAACGAAAUAUUUAAUAAAUUCAAUGUUUUAUUCAUAUCUAUGGAAUGGGUCGUGAUGAAGAAGUAUGAAAAUGACAUUGGUACCCCUUGUCCACGAGAAAAUAUAGAUCAGAUGGUGAAAAUGUUGACGAAACGCAACUUUGAACCUUUCAGCUUUUUAAAUGAUGUACCACUGAAUCCAAAAGAAUACGAAGAAUGGAAAGAAACUGAAUUAUACUGGAAACCAAGGAAUACAGUACGUUAAAUAAACAAAGUUAAAAUACAAAAGAACAGCUCAUGAAUUUAUAAUUUUCAAUAUGCUUGAAAAAACAAUUCAUUUUUCCAAAAUCAGAUUGUUAAUUUUCAUAAAGAGCUUACCAUGAACAUUAAGAGCAGAGUUGUGAUAAUUUUGCAACAUCGUAAGAAACUGUUAUAUUCAUUUUAACACAAAGAAAAUGUAUUUCAUUUGUUUUAUCUGUGUUAUCAAAAUUCUAAGCAUUAAAUUUUGUCAAGGACCAUAACUCUUGUGUGGUUGCGUACAAUUCAGAACAGAACACCAGGUGUUCUAUUUCACUUGCUAUGUAACAAUCCUUUAAUGUUUUAUUACUCUAGAUCAAGCACUUUUUGAUAUACAUGGGAAACAAUAUUUUAUGCAUAUUUUGACUAAACAAUGGACCGUAACUCUAGUCAUAAAGAGUGAAAUUAAAAAAAAAUGCACAGAUGCACAGGCUGUUUGAUAUUCCUACAUCAUUUCAGGACUUCAUAAUCCCAGAUACACAACUUCACAUGCUGAAUGAUAUUCCUGUAGUGUUUCGUAAUCCUAGGUCAAACACUGCAUGCGUCACAAAUGUUAAUGCCCUUUUUAUGCUUGUGUUUUAUUAAUUCAAGGCCCUGAACUUUGGUCUGGCUCAGUAAAGUCUCUUAAUAAAACUUCAGGUGCAUAAGUUCACAUGAUGAAUAAUAUUCUUGUAAUUAAGGUAUUAGGCCCCUAAUAGCAAUGUUUAAAAAUUGGCAUUUGCUUGGUAUAUUCUUACAGUUGACCGUGUUUGGCACUUAUAUGCAAAAUUUUAAAAACCAGACUAUUGCCCAGCAAUAAAAGCCCCUGGCAGUUGGUCAUUUGUCAUAUUUGCUGCCAUAGAAACCACAUUUUAAUAUCGAAAUCUUAUAGAAGAACAUGUAUGCUCUUCAAAUAACCUACCAUCUAUAAAGGUAUUGGACCCCUAAUAGUAAUGUUUAAAGAUGGCAUUUGUUUGGUAUAUUCUUAAAGUUGAUUAUGUUUCGCACUGUGUUGCAAAUUUUAAACAACUUUUACCGUGCCGUUUUUUAUAAAUUUUGUGUAAUUAAUGGUAGUUCCUAAAACUCAAGUAGAGACAAAUUUCGAAGUGGUGGCCUUUAUCCAAAACGUUUGCAGAGAAUUCAUUAUUCCAUUAUUGUUUAUGUAAGAAACAUCAAACUAUCGGUAAACAAUCAUAAAACUUAAAAUAAAAACUUUCUAUAUCAUUUUUUCUAGGGUACCUCGAGUAAACGGAUUUAAUCAGACAGAAUUCCAACUCCAAUAUUGAAAAAUUAAGGCCGCAUCCUGCGGGUCUGUUUUGAAUUUUGCUUACUUCAUUCAAAAAUAACCUUGGGGCAGAAGUAAAACCUACCUACAUUUCUUCCACAAUAUUUAAUAAAAAGAAUGAAGCCAAAAUAGAGAACUUUUACCGCAUGUCACUCAUUAUUUUAAAAGAUGUCUAACUCUACCCCUUCUGAGGUAAAUUCACUUUGAACAUCAACAAAUCGCGUAUCAAAUGAUUUUUUUCCCACUUUUGUACAAUAAAUCAAUAACAAGUCUUGAAAGAAGUAAAAACUUACUAGAAAAAAAGGAAAACAACGAAAAAGAAUUUUGGUCUCAGUGGGGCUUGAACCUACGGCCCCCUGAAAAUUGCAGUCAAAGUAGGUUUAUGGUAAGAAUUGAAUACUCUUCAAAAAGGAGGUACUCUAUUAUGGGCCUAAUACCUUAAGAAAUAAUUUAUAACAAAACGGUGUUUUAACACUAUUUAUACACGAUUGAAGGUUAUAUGUUGAGGUGGGCGUAUAUGAAUUUAUAGACUAUUUUUGGUUUUUAUUUUCAAGCAAAUGCAUUGAGUAUUUAAGCAAUUUUAAUUGCAUAAAGUCACUAAGUAAUUUGCAAUUACAUUGUGACUUUUGAUUCAGAAGUAUUGUUUUAAGUAGCACAAAAGUACUAAAAUACUAGUGCACCAAACUUUAAAUUACAUCGCAAAAAUUGUUGAUAAAAUAAAAUAUGCGUAUACAUACUGUAAGGGUCUUUACAUUUCUCAAUUCGGCCAGACUGCAAUCUUUAUGUUUGAAAUUUGUGACCCAUUUGUUACAAUAACAGUGUUUCUUGCGAUUAUACUUUUGUAGGCUUAGAUUAUCUGUGCAUCCGCUUAGAAUACUAACUGGAAGAUUCGAUAAAAAAAAUAGAGUACCACGUGAAGAGAGAUAUUGUUUAACUUGCAAUAGUGUUGAUAUAGAAGAUGAAUACCACUUCGUAUGUAUUUGUCCUGCAUAUACUGAUAUUAGAAGAAAAUAUAUAAGUAACUUAAACUCCAUCCGUCCGUCUGUUUAUAAGUAUUUACAAUUGUUAAGAUCAACUGAUAAAAAUAUUCUUGUGAAACUAUCAUUGUUUGUAAAAGAAACUCUUACUGUAAGAAAUUCCAUAAUUAACAACGUUGUUUAACUGUCUAACCUCCUAUAUGUAAGCUGUUGUACCAAGCUGUUUUUCUUGUUUUUGUCUAAUUGUCUAUUUAUUUAUGUAUUUCACGACGUGAUGUUUAUACUUGUAUUUAUGUAAUGAGACGAUGUACUUCGUACAAGUCUAUAAUGAAAUAUCUGUUCUGUUCUGUUCUUGUUCCAGGUUUUCAGGUUAUUACAGUUAGUUUGUCUUAUAUGAGUUCAUUGUUGUGAUGUAUUGAGUGUUUUAGCAAUUUUGUCCUUAUUAAAACAUUAUUUCCUAAUCAAAAGUUUCUAAUUACGUAAAUGAAAAUUACUAAGUGUAAAUUGCGUGGCUCUAUAGUUGUGUUUGGGGUGCUCGGUGCUUCCGGGUAAUCCACUCUUACCGUUUAUCUUUUGCUAAGAUACCAGUUGCAAUGCGCCUUCGGUCGAUAUCACUUUUAUCAGGUCUAUCAAUUCACAUACCUACCGAACCUAAAAGGCGAAAAUUGUUUUAUUAUUAAAUCCAGCCUACUUAUAAGUAUAAAAGUUAAAUACAAAUAUCUGCAGCCUGUAGUCAUUUUUCGUAGUAAAUUGAUCCCCGGCCGCGUCAUACCAAAGACGUAAAAAAUGGUACUAGUAGCUUCCUCGCUUGGCGCUCAGCAUUAAGAAGAUAGUGCUAGGACUGGUCAUCCCGGUGUCAGUAUAAUGUGACUGGGUGGGGUAUCAUGCCACGUGUCUGCGGCGUGAUAUUCCAGUGAGGCAGC